AUGGACCUCAGAGUCGCAUCAAACGGACUACAGGAACAGGCUGAUAUUACAGCCCCCGGCCCAAACCCUGUCGACAGGCUUCGCUCUCGCACAUUUUUUAUUGUGCCAAACAAGCUUGAUAAUGAAGUUCUGAGAAAUGCGCUCGAUAGACUCAUCAGGAAUCAUUGGCUGAAGCUUGGUGCUCGACUCGUCUUGUCACCCUCCACGAAGCUCCUGGAGUAUAAUGUUCCGUCCUCGUUUGAUGAGAACUACGUGCUCUUCAACUGGUCUUCAACGACUAAUGCUGAAUCUAUCCAAAAGAUUGAGGAGUUAUCUUCCUUUUUUGCACCGAGUCAGAAUGUGUCCUUCUUGCCCUCCAUGGAUGUCAUCGACAAGCUCUUUCGACCAGCAAACUGGCCCUUUGAGCGGAAGGACGGGCCGUCCGAUGCACCCCUUCUAUACGUUCAUUUGACCAUCUUCAACGAUACUUCAGUCGUGGCCAUGAGCUGUCCGCAUGUAUUGGCUGAUCAAUUCGGAGUGGCCAAUAUCGUGAAAGCCUGGCUGACAGUCUCUAGAGGAGAAGCGCCUCCCGACAUGCUGGGCUAUCGCGACGAUGUGCUCCCACCGGGACACCCGAUUUUUGAUUUCAUUGACAAAGGAUCCCGAAAGGGAAUGAUGCGUGCCAGAGGUAGAAGAGACCAGACUGCGGUGAUGGCCAGUAUCGUCCUUGACCUUGUGAAAGCUAGGAAGGAGGAAUCUCACAUUGUGUUUAUUCCUCUCCAGCUGGUAGAGAGAUUAAGAGAACGGGCAUCAAGAAUUCUGGUAGAGAAGGAUGAAUCCCCUCCAGAUAUUAGCAAUGGGGAUAUCCUUACUGCCAUCUUUACCAAGAUGACUCGACACGAUCGACCAGAGUAUCCUCUGAACCUUUCCCAGACUGUCAACCUACGGGGCCGUGCCCCAGGGCUGUGGGACGAUGAUGGCGACCGAUUCAUCCACAACGCCUUGCAUUACGCCACAGCAAAUUUCAAGAUCAGCGCAUCUACCCCGUUACACGAGAUAGCUCUUCAUAAUCGCCAAGCUAUCAACAAGGCCUUGGAACGGUCCGAGAUCGAAGCCGGGUUGGCGGCGCUGCGAGAUGUGUCUAAACGGAGGCAGGUCAUGUUGAUUUGCGAGCCAUUCGAAAAACUGUACAGCGUCUCAAACUGGUGUGGAGCGUGGAAAGGUAUCGACUUUUCGGCAGCAGAGAACGAGCCGCAAGCGAAAAGGGAGCAUGCCUGGGAUAUGCUUGUGUUUGGUCAAAGUAGGCUUGUCAAAUCGCCUGCACGAUACCGGGUGAGCAUCAUGUGCAAGACCAAAGAGGGGUUCUGGUGUGAUUUUGCGGCUCCGGUUAAGAUAAUUGCAAGGAUAAAGGAGCAUUUGGCGAAUGACCCAUUGUUAGAGAGGCUCUGA